AUGUUAGACGUAGAUGAAAUACCUGAAAAGCCUAAUGUGAACACAUUAAAUAGUGUAUUAUCAGGCUUAGUUGGAGGUUUAGCCGGAUUAGCUGUAGGACAUCCAUUUGUGAAAGUGCGAUUACAGUCACGAGAAUUGGCAUCUCGAUAUAAGGGAACAUGGAAUUGUUUUGUUACAACAGUAAGACAAGAAAAGUUUAUAGGACUGUACAAAGGAAUGGCAGGUGUUGCAGCUGUAAAUGCACUAGUUUUCGGUUCUUACACUUGGCUAAUUCAUCAUCAGGCAGACAGACAGAAACUCGACACACAAUCAUUACCACCCCUGACACAUGUCUUUUUAGCUGGAAUGGGAGCUGGUGUUAUCACAAGUUUUGUAACGUGUCCUAUGGAAUUAGUCAAAGUACAGUUACAAAAUCAAACGCAAUCAAGUACGGUUACCGCACUAAAAGGACCGAUUGAUUGUUUGAGAAAAAUGUAUUCUGUAGGUGGUAUUCGAUACUGUUUUAAAGGAAUGGUCCCUACAGCACUUCGUGAACUUAGUUUUGGUCCUUACUUUUUGACGUAUGAAGUCAUUUGUAGAGGUCUUACUCCAGCUGACUCUCCAAAAUAUGAACUAAGCGGCCCCAAAGUCAUUUUGGCAGGUGGUUCUGCUGGAAUUGUUGCGUGGUGCUCGACAUAUUUUGCCGACGUUGUAAAGACAAGGGUUCAAUCAGAGCCAGAGAGAUAUAAAGGUUUUGUGGACUGUAUCACACGUUCAUACCGUGAGGAAGGUUGGCGAUUAUUCUUCAGAGGUUUGACACCGACGAUUUUACGGGCAUUUCCAUCAAAUGCAGCAACAUUUGCUGCGUACACUUGGACAAUGAAAUUUUUCCAGCCUAAACAAUUAGUAGCCCGAUGUGACGAGGCUGUUCUUUUAUAA